UUCAAACUUCAUUAGUCUUUUCUGAGGGCCUGAGUUGAGUUCUACUGAAAGUAUCAAAACUCCAUGUGAAUUUAAACUUGAAAGCUUAAGAAUAUGGAGAUAGUUCUCUUGAUAGUGCUCGUCUUACAACCAUGUCUUGGACAGAACUGGAUGUGGGAACGAGGUAAUGAAACUCCUGAUUCUUCUGAUAAUUCUGAAAUUGUUGAUGAUACGCUUUUUAAUACUGAAACCGUGGACAAUAAACUUGCAGAACGAUCAAGAGAAAAUGAUAGCCGACUAUUCUUUGUAUUUUCCAAACCAUUUUCCCCCUUUAUUCCUCUACCACCUGUUUACCAGAAUCAACAUCACCAAGGGCAUCAUCAUGGACGCCCCCAACAAGUCCUGUACCCACAGCAUAAUAAACCUUGCCCAGGAGUUAUAAUUUCAAUAUUGACUGGACAAAAUUGUAUGAAUUCAGGAUUUAAUCCAGGGGGACCCCAGCCUACCGGCCCUUCUCUUGUAAUAAUUCCAAAUAAUCCUACAGGAGCAGUCCCAACUACCACUACUGCAACAACAACGACUACUACGACAGCAUCAACAACUAUUCAUUACAAUAUUGGACCCAUCAUAGCACCAGCUUCUGUUUCGAACUGCACCUGCGUUGAAUCCUAUCGAUGUGAUGCUGCUGAUAUUCAUCAAUUUGGAAACGGAAUGAUAGACCCACGCAGGCUCUGUAUAUCUGGAGAUGUAUGCUGCACCAGACCAAAACCAGCUUCAACAGUUGCUCCAACUACCACAGUCAAACCUACAUCCGCUCCUCUUACUGGUUGUGGAGUAGCUAACCCAGAGGGUAUAGGACUGACAAGAGUAACAUCUGACACACUUACAGCAUAUGGAGAGUUUCCAUGGAUGACGGCUGUUCUAGAAAAUGUGGGUGGAGGAAGACUUUUCAUCUGUGGAGGGACUUUAAUUCAUCCAAGAGCUGUUCUAACUGCAGCUCAUUGCCUUCAAAAUAAGGCUAAAGAAAAUAUAGUUGUACGACUUGGAGAAUGGGAUGCAGCCUCAACCAAUGAACUUUAUCCAACACAGGAAAUCACAGCUUCGAAAGUCAUCCUUCAUCCUGAGUUCUACGCUGGAGCCUUGUUUAACGAUGUGGCAGUCAUCAUUCUUUCCAGUGAUGCAGAUACAUCAAGACCGAAUAUUAGAUUUUCUUGUCUACCUUCUGCAAGUGAUCAGUACCACAGAGAUAAAUGCAUCUCUCUUGGUUGGGGAAAACAGAAUUUUAAUGACCCGGGAUUUUCAGCAAUCCUCAAGAAAGUUUUAGUUCCAGUAGUUCAGCACGGAGAUUGUCAGACCACCUUACAGGGAACAAGGCUUGGGAAAACAUUUAGACUGCAUGAAAAGUUUAUGUGUGCAGGGAAGAAUGGGGCGGAUGCAUGUACAGGUGACGGAGGUGGACCUUUAAUGUGUCCCCUAUCUGAUCAACCUAAACGAUUUAUACAGGUGGGUGUGACUAGCUGGGGAAUAGGGUGUGGCACUUCUCCAGGUGUAUACUCAGAUCUAACCCAACUAGAACCAUGGAUACAGACUACUUUGAACAGCAAUACCUAGAUGGUUAACUUGGAAAAACCAGUGCUCACAGCCACAUCGACAAUAAUCAUUUAAUAGUUCAUAUAUAACCCGUGUAUGUAAUUUCGUAAUUAACGUUCCGUAAACAUAAGAAAAUAUGUGCGUUGCUGAAGUUUUAUGAAUGUCAUUAUUUGUAGCUGUACUAAAAUAUAUAAAGAUGGCCAUCUUUAAAUAGUU